AUGUUCCGCUUUGCAAUACUCGCUGCUGUGGUCGGGAGCUGCGUUUCCUUUCGUUUUUGCGGAAAUAGCAGACAGUCCCUAUUGUUACUAAUAUCAUCUGUGGUCGAAUUAAGACCAAUUUUGCCCAUGUGCGAUGAGAAUGAUGGUGGAAAAGCGCCAAGGCUGCCUUUAAAUGAUGGAAACUCUAUCCCAGCUCUAGGUCUCGGAACAUUUUUGGGAUUUGACGAGCACGGUCAAAAAGAAGUAAAGCCGGGUGACACAGAACUGCCUGCUUCUUGGGCUUUGAAUGCUGGAUACAGAUUAAUAGAUACAGCUUCUAUAUAUAAUAAUCAAGAUCAGAUUGGUUCGGCAGUACGUAAGUCAGGCAUACCCAGAGAACAUGUAUUCGUCGUUUCAAAGCUCGGGAUCAACGAGCAAAGGACAGUGAUACCAGCUUUGAAGAACACUCUGGCACAAUUAAACAUGUCUUACGUGGACCUGUACCUCAUACACUUCCCAAUAGCUUUUAAGCCAGAUCACAGUGGGUACGAUGUAGUAGAUUACUUGGAUACAUGGAAAUCGAUGGAAGAAGCUAAAAAGAUGGGUUUAACGAAGUCUAUAGGCAUUUGCAAUUUCAAUAUCAGCCAAAUGGAGCGAUUAUUGGCGAACUGCGAAAUUAAGCCGGCCGUUUUACAAGUGGAGGUCAAUCUAAAUAUGGCUCAAAACAAAUUACUUCAUUUUGCGAAAGAAAAUAACAUACAAGUAAUGGCGUAUACGCCUUUUGGAUCUCUCUUUUCAAAAAGCUCAACCCCUCCACCCCCUAGAGCUGAUCACCCCACCCUUUUGAAUUUGGGAAAGAAAUACGGCAAAUCUGCACCACAAAUUGUUUUAAGAUAUCUGGUUCAACGAGGUGUCGUGCCAAUCCCAAAAUCGACUAAAAAGGAACGAAUUGAACUGAAUAUAGAUAUAUUCGAUUUUGAAUUGACAUCUGAAGAAAUGGAUACAUUGAGUAAAUUCAACCAAGAUUACAGAGUAGUGUGGCCUAGCUUUUGGCAAGAUCAUCCAUAUUAUCCGUUUGAGAAGAAAGAUGUACCAGAUCCAGAUCUGUUCAAAGGAGGAGAA